AUGGGUGGUGCUAGUGACUGGAGUAAGGGAUAUGCAAGAGUAUCUGUCAAUUCAUGCAAAAUCAUCUUCUACGAAGACAAGAACUUUCAGGGCCGCUCCUAUGAGUGCAACUCGGAUUCUUCAGACCUGAGCUCAUAUUUUAGCCGCUGCAACUCUAUCCGGGUAGAAAAUGGCAACUGGAUUCUUUAUGAACAGCCAAAUUACAGGGGACACCAGUACUAUCUCAGGAGAGGAGAAUAUCCUGAUUUCCAGCAAUGGAUGGGUUACAAUGACUCCAUCAGAUCCUGCCGUCUGACCCCACAACACCGUGGCCCAUUUAGAAUUAGGAUCUAUGAGAGAGAAGACUUUAAAGGUCAGAUGAUGGAGUUCACUGAAGAUUGUCCUCAUGUUUAUGAGCAAUUCCGUUACCAUGACAUCCACUCCUGCAAUGUGUUUGAUGGUCACUGGGUGUUCUAUGAAGAGCCUAACUACAGGGGGCGCCAGUACUACCUGAGACCCGAAGAGUACAGAAGAUACACUGAUUGGGGAGCUAUGAAUCCUAGAAUUGGUUCCUUCAGACGAGUCAUGUUUCAAUAAAAUAUAUAUUUUAUAACCUCGUAUCAUUAAUAAAUAUAUUAAAACUGAAUACAA